ACAUCACGCACUAUCUAAUAAAAACAUAAAAACACAUGUUAUGUUAGAAGUUAGAACCCUAGUUUUUCAUCUUCCACGGCCACUUCUGCGUUUUAACAAUCAAGGUUGAUCCUGUCGAUAUGUCUUCAAAGAGGUUGAAUCUUGGUUCCAAAGAUUUCAUCAGCAGUUUACCAGAUUGUCUUAUCUGCCACAUCUUGUCUUUCGUUUCUACUAAAGAAGCUGCUUCCACUUCUGUUCUUGCCAAAAGGUGGAGAUAUCUGUUUGCUCUUACACCUAAUCUUGAGUUCAAUGACUCUAUCUAUUUGAAUUCUGAAAUUGCUAAUCAAAGGAAGAGUACUUUCCCGUGGAUAACAAGAAAAAAGAGCAAAACUCCUAGGAGUUUUGUGGAUAGAGUGUUGGUUUUGCACCAGAAUGUUCCUUUAAACAGAUUCUCUCUCAAGUGUGAAGAUGUUGUUCAUCCAGCUAUUAUCAUUAGUUGGUUACUCAAGGUGAUGGACCGUGGUGUGUUAGAUCUUGAUCUACACAUCUCGUCUGAAAUGGGUUACCGGCUACCUUCAGAGAUGUUUUGUAGCGAGACUUUGGUUAGGCUGAAACUAGGAAUAAGAGAUGUUCUCACUAUUACUACGGAGAAAAGUGUUUCUCUUCCAAAGGUUAAGACGCUCUGUCUUGACUAUAUCAUGGUAGAAAACAGUGUGUUUGCUAAGCUUCUGUCUGGAUGUCAUGCGCUUGAAGAGUUAGUUCUUAACAACUUGUUCGAGGUUAAGGGGUCUUGUUCUGUUUUUCAUAACACCCUCAAGAGACUAGUGGUUAGCCGUUCAAGAACUUUUGACGAGAACCACGAGAGUGUGUCAUUUAGCACCCCAAAUCUUGUCUACCUUGAGCAUUCUGAUACUAUUGCAAACAUGUAUCCAAAAGUGGAGUUUAACUCGCUGGUCGAAGCUAGUCUCAAUCUUCGAAUGACAAGCGAUCAGAUUGUCAGCGCAAUCUCAAUUGAGGAUAUUGAUAGAUCACCUCAAGAAGAGAUGGUUGGUAAUGCAACAAAUUUUCUUAUGGGAAUAUGCAAUGUUAAGAUCCUUCACUUGUCAUAUAACACUCUUCAGGUACUUACUUACUGCUGCAAACCAAUACCACAAUUCAACAACCUGAUUCACUUAACCAUUCAGAGUGACCCAGAAGUAGCUUGGGAGUCACUACCAGCUCUACUUAAAAAUUGUCCAAAGCUUGAAACCCUAGUCUUUGAGGGACUCCAUCACAAAUUUAAAAACUGUGGGGAAGAGGACAAGUGUUUGUGCAAACCUUGGGAGGGGGAGGACAUUCCUACUUGCCUAUCAUCAAGUCCAGUCAAGGUUCUAAAGAUAUUAAAAUUUGGAGAAAUCUUUGGUGAUGAGGACAUAGAGGAGCAGAUAAAGCAGGUGCAACACUUCUUAGAGACGAUGCCGAAUCUUGAACAGCUUAUAUUGUAUUAUGAUACAUCUUUUGACGAAGAUGUGUAUGAAGUGUCAGCACAACUUCAGUGGCAUCCAAGAGUGGCUUCAUCCAAGUGCAAGAUUUCAGUGAUCUCUGAUAGCCUUUGCUUGUCAUCUACUGUGCCAUGUUCGGUAGUGAGUAAAUGGGGUCGUCUUCUUUAGAAGAACCUUUCUGGAUUUGGCGCUUUAUUCUGGACCAAUCAUGACCUUUUUCUUUUGUUAUCUUCGGAGCCAAAUAUGAAUGAAUUUUUAUAAGGCUGCUUGCUAAGGGAUGUAAACUCUAAUCAGGAAUCUUGGUUAUUCCUUCUCUUGGUUAGGAAGGACUUGUGUUGUUAUGUUUUGUCUUUUCGCGCAGCAAUGGUAAGUGGUAACUUCACGCAUUGUUUGCUUAUUCUA